GUGAAAUUACUGAAAAUGUGGGGUGGUGAUUUAUCCCUCACUCUGUAUCUCUGUUUUGGCAGAGGUGUGUCACAAUCAUAUUCAAAUCAGAGAGACAAGACUAUGGCCAAGCUAACUAAACUGGCUGUUAACCACAGAAGGUUUGAUGGAAGGGCCCCAGAUUCACCUGCACCACUUUCAAACCAGGGAAUUAUAACUCAACUUUCUGAACAAAUUUCUACUCUAAACGAAAGGAUGGAUGAAUUUACAUCUCGCAUUGAAGUAUUGAACUCCAAAUUCUCUGUUCGGAAAGUCUCAGCCAGCCAACAAAACUUGGCUAUGCAGGCUGAAACCUGCAAUGGUUCGGGACCCACUUCUCUUUUUGUCACCGGAUUAAGUAAUGGUUCUUUGACUGGUUCGCUCCUGCCCAAUUCUUCAUCUUCUUCUCAAUUGGCUAAGGAGUCCCCACUGAUGGAAGAGUGUGGUGGAAAGAAUACAUAUACACUUGGUGAAAUUAAUGAAAUUCGAAAUGAAUGGGCAGCCAAGCUUCUUGAGCGGAUGAGUCAUAGUUAGAGUAACUUUUGAAAUCAGAAUUAAAAAAUAUACUAAUUGUAGUAUUUAGUUAGUACUUACAUAGUUAUUCCAAGUGUAUAUUUUGAUAUUGUAAUUUUAGAUUUGGAACAUACUGAGUUCUAUUGAUUUUGUCUGCCUAUUGAUUAUGUCUGAACUAUGUUGUAAUUACACAGGAAAUUAUGAAUGAAUAUAGUGGUUGAAAAUAGAGAAAUGAAAAAAUUCUCAUAUUCUACA